CUCCACGCAACUACACUACUUCUUUCUCUUCCACCUCAGUUUAAACCCUAACCGAGGGUUUUACCUCGCGCCAUGCUCUGAGCAACCACAUAACUACUUCACAAUCCAUUUCCAAACCGCAUUCUAACUCCCCAACCAUGUCCGCCGCUAAAUUAACCUCAUGCGUCGCCGUAACAGCAGCUGCAGUGGCUUCAAUGACCACUCGCUCCGAUCCUGCUUACUCCGAAUCUUUCUUCCGAUUCCCUUUUUUCUCUUCUUCACCUUCCAAUUCACCUUCACCGAAGGACCAAUCAUCUGACACUAAGUCGGAAUCUUCGUCGCCUGAGGAACCUAACAACUCGGGUUUUAAUCCUGAAUCGUUAGAAAUAGCUGCCGAAGCUCUCCGUAAAAUUAAUAAUUCACCCUACCGUAAACAGGUGUUUGAUUUAAUGCGCGAACAGGAAACAACUCGACUAGCUGAGCUAGAUGCUGAAAAAGUUUAUUAUGAACUUAUUCAGUCUCAAGGAGAUAUUGACAGGCUGCGUAAAAUGGCUGAAGAACAACGCAAUCUAAUACAAGAGCAGAACCAGAGGCAGGCUCAGGUGUUGCGAUUUGAAGAUGAAUUGGCAAGGAAAAGAAUGCAGACAGAUCAUGAAAAUCAACGGCAACAUAAUGUUGAGUUGGUCAAGAUGCAAGAGGAUUCUUCUGUAAGAAAGGAGCAAGCAAGACAGGCUACUGAAGAACAGAUUCAAUCUCAGAAGCGUCAGACUGAGAGAGAGCGAGCUGAAAUAGAAAGAGAAACCAUCAGAGUUAAGAAAAUGGCAGAGGCUGAAGCCCGAGCCCAUGAAGCAAAAUUGACUGAGGAUCAUAACAGGAGAAUGCUUAUAGAUCGAAUGCAUGGGGAAAGAGAUAAAUGGCUUGCUGCAAUUAAUGCUACUUUUAGUCAUAUUGAAGGUGGUCUAAGGGUCUUAUUGACCGAUAGGGACAAACUGAUUAUGACUGUUGGAGGAGCAACUGCAUUAGCUGCAGGAGUAUAUACAACAAGAGAAGGUGCAAAAGUUACAUGGGGCUAUAUUAAUCGGAUUUUGGGGCAGCCAUCAUUGAUCCGAGAGUCAUCCAUGGCAAAGUUUCCAGGAUCAAGGAUCAUAUCUCAAGCCAAAAAUAAAGUUUUAAAUUAUAGUACCUUGGCCAGGGCAGAGAAGCCUGUUGGGAGUCAAAAUGGUCUUGGAAAUGUAAUCUUGCAUCCAUCAUUGCAGAGAAGAAUAGUACAUCUAGCACGGGCAACAUCAAAUACGAAGGCCCAUCAGGCACCAUUUCGUAACAUGCUUUUUUAUGGUCCUCCUGGGACUGGUAAAACCAUGGUUGCAAGAGAAAUAGCUAGAAAAUCGGGUUUGGAUUAUGCAAUGAUGACUGGAGGAGAUGUUGCACCUCUGGGCCCACAGGCUGUUACCAAAAUUCAUGAGAUAUUUGAUUGGGCCAAGAAAUCUAAAAGAGGCCUAUUGCUUUUUAUUGACGAGGCAGAUGCUUUCCUUUGCGAGCGUAACAGCUCAUAUAUGAGUGAAGCUCAACGAAGUGCCCUAAAUGCAUUGCUUUUCAGAACUGGUGAUCAGUCUAGAGACAUAGUACUUGUCCUUGCCACAAACAGACCAGGAGAUCUUGAUAGUGCAAUUACUGAUCGUAUUGAUGAAGUAAUUGAAUUCCCGCUUCCAGGAGAGGAGGAACGUUUCAAGUUAUUGCAGCUCUAUUUGAACAAGUAUCUAUGUGAUGAAAGUAACGACUCCAAGGGGGGCUUAUUUUUGAAGAAGCAGCCCCAGAAGAUAACCAUAAAUGAUUUAUCUGAAGAUGUGCUGAAAGAGGCUGCAAAGAAAACAGAAGGAUUUUCUGGCCGUGAGAUAGCCAAACUAAUGGCCAGCGUCCAAGCUGCUGUCUAUGGGCGCCCUGACUGCGCCUUGGAUUCUCAGCUGUUUAAAGAACUUGUAGAUUACAAGGUGGUAGAACAUCAUCAGCGAUUAAAACUAGCAGCUGAAGGCGGCCUCCCUGCAUGAUCAAAUGUAACAACUCGUUCCUGCUUAAUACCAGCUCUGGGAGUUUUCUUCUGGAUACAUUCUCCGUCUUGUUACCUGUGCUGUGCCAUUAUUUCAGGCCCAUGAAGCAUAUUCUUUUUAAAACAUCUUCCAGAUGCGUUUGCUAAGCUAAAUUUAUGCUAUGUUUUAGAUUUUAGUUACUAGGAGUGGGAGUAGCAUUGCAGCAAAACCUGUCUUCGAGCUAUAUGGAUCAUGAUGGCAGGUCUUGAGUUUGUAGAAGUCAAUUUACCCUGUGUCUAUUAAAUUAAAUUUAUAAAAUAUGCUCAGUUGUAACUUAAAUUUGCAUUUUUGUUUUGAAUUUGAGUUUUGUUAAAUUCCAAUAACAACUUAUAGGAAUCGAUCUGUUGAAUAAAAUUGUUUACUUUUCGUUAGAAUA